GGAUGUGACGUCAUCUCCUCUGUGUACACCAGCUGAUCGGAGCAUAAUCAGAUCCGUCAUUAGAGUCAUUUUGUAAUGUUGUGAGUAAUAUUUGGGAGGUCAAUAGCGGCAGCAGCAGUCCGGUGUUCCGGCUCACUGGCGACCGACGUUCGCGGGAAACUGCGGCGCGUGCAGCUGACGCUCGAGCUCGGCGAGGCCUGUUUGUUUUGGUUGAUACCGAGGCCUAACUGCGAUGCUAAGCUAAUGAGCUAGCUGUCACUGUCAGCAGGAUUCCUGAAUGUAAACUACUGGUGAAGGAAGUGAACGGUCGGAAAAUAUCUUGUCACACGAUGAAGGCCUGACGAACGGAUAAAUAUUGAGUAUUAAGCUAGCAUCCGUAGUGAAUGGGUCGAAGGUGAUUGAAUCCUAUGUAGCCUGUCCGGUGCUCACACACAGAGACAUCUCUUGUGCCAGCAGCGCUCUCGUCCAGCUACAAGAUGUGGUUGAAACUGUUCUUCUUGCUCUUGUAUUUCAUAGUGCUGUUUAUGCUAGCGAGGAUUUUUGAGGCGGUCGUUUGGUAUGAGACUGGUAUGUUCGCCACCCAGCUGGUGGACCCAGUAACUCUUAGUUAUAAGAAGUUGAAGACCAUCCUGGAGUGUCGGGGGCUGGGAUACUCCGGACUGGCCGAGAAGAAGGAUGUCAGCGAGCUGGUAGAGAAAUCAGGAGAGUUGACCCAGGGGGAGCUGUACUCAGCCAUCAAGAAAGAGAAGGAGCAGACAGAGGCAGGAGAUGCCAGCACUACACAUUUCAGUGGAGAGAUGCACUUCUAUGAAUUAGUGGAGGACACUAAAGAUGGGAUAUGGCUGGUUCAGGUCAUUGCCCAGGACCGGGAAGCUCUGCUUAGUCACUCUAACUGGGGGAAGAUGGUGCAGAAAGUGUCCCAGUUUGGGAUCAGAACUGGAACCUUCAACUGCUCUAAUGACUACAGGUCAUGUAUCAAGCGUGGCUGGCAGCGCUCCACCCUCAUCAUGUCUGUUCCUCAGACUUCAGCAUCGAAGGGUAAAGUCAUGCUGAAAGAAUACAACGGCCGUCGCAUUGAAACUGAACACAUUUUCCGCUGGAUGACCUCACACGUGGCUCAUCGAGUCAAAACCCUCCGAAAUUCUGAGCAGCUGGUGGAGGAGUGGCGCUCUGACCCGGCCCACCCAGUCAAGAUGUUUCUGUUCGCCCAUCUGUCGCAGCCGCCCGCCUUCUUCUCCUCACUGUCUGUCAAGUUCACUGGCAGGAUCGAGUUCAUAUUUGUGGAUGUACGUCACUGGGACAACCACAGCAGCCUAUCAGAGAUUGAUGUGACACAGAGUCCCGCCUACAUUCUCAAGAUGCCUGAGGGCAUUUAUCGCUAUGGCAACAGUACUGGGGAGUUCCUGUCCCUGGCUGCCAUGGAUACUUUCCUGCGUUCAGUCCAGCCAGAGGUCAAUGAUCUGUUUGUUCUCAGUCUGGUCCUGAUCAACUUGCUGGCCUGGAUGGACCUCUUCAUUACACAGGGAGCAACAGUCAAACGAUUUGUAGUUCUGAUCCGAACACUUGGAACCUACAACUCCAUACUGCUGGUGUCCUGGCUUCCUGUUCUGGCUCUCCUCCAGCUGCCCUAUCUGGACACUCUGUAUGGUUACAGUCUGAAGCUGCUUCGUUACGCUGACACCACUACAUUGGCCAGCCUGGUGAGAGCUGACUGGACCUUCUACUCAUCCCACCCAGCUCUCUUCCUGUCCACCUACCUGGCCCAUGGCCUGCUGGUCGACUACUUUGAGAAAAAACGCCGCUGUGGCAUCAGGAGCCAAGAGGACAGCACCACCAACCUGGAAUGGCUGGCCAGUCUGUGGGACUGGUACACUUCCUAUCUGCUCCACCCUAUCGCAUCACUGCAGCAGGUCCCAUCUGACCACUCAGACUGGGAGGAUGACCCCAACUUCUUAUUUGAGCGCUUGGCUUUCCCCGAUCUCUGGCUCCGCCCAUUAGUAAACAUGGACUAUAUUAAAGCCCUGCCGACCUGGAGGUUCAGAGCUGUGGCUCAGGACAGGGGGGAGCAGUCUGCUGAAAAGCUGGAUGAAGAGACAGAUAGUUCACAGUCAGACACAGGGAGCAGGGAGCAGAUGGAUUCCCUUCCCGCUGGCCCCAGCAAACCUCCUCACAGCAGCAAAACACACAAGAGAUCAUUGUGCAGUCAGGACAGCAACACACACAAUAACAUGGACCCUAGCAGCAACUGUCAGUGUUCCACUGCUGCAUCAUCCUUCUGCUGUCGUCAUGGGAACAUGAGCUCACCAUCAGCUGACAAAGCACCGAAGGACGGCUGCCUCACACCCGAAGGUGUCUCUAACCAUCAGCACUGUGAUUGGUCGGCAUGGCCCUGUAACAUGCUGCAGUGCUCAGAGUGUGUGGUGUGUCUGGAGAACUUUGUGAAUGAGGAGCUGCUGAUGGGUCUACCCUGUGGCCACGCCUUCCACCAGCAGUGCAUAGUGGUGUGGUUGGCAGCAGGCAGACACUGCUGCCCAGUGUGUCGCUGGCCCAGCUACAAGAAGAAACAGCACAGAGCCGCACAGAGCAGCUCGACUGAAAACACACUGCAGGACUGAUGAGCAUGUCUCGGGGCCCUUCUUCAUGUGUUCUCUCUACUCUCACUGUUCAUUGGCACACAGCUCACUGGGCAUUGAUACUGUGUUUCAUAUCAUCACAGCUUGCUUGGGGUGAAGUUGGGACUGGGGAGGAAUUAGGGAGAAAACUUUGCCAGUAGGUGUGAUCAGGGCUGCUGUUGUCAUCAGUCAGCUUCCAGUUGAGGGCAAUAUGUUGGCCAUUAUGGCAGACAGAUGAAACUAUAAGAGCCCAGUCACCAUGGUUUCUGUAUAGACACAGUUACCAUUGGUGAAGUCACAGCAAACUUGGUAGUGCAAUAAAAAGAUAUUUCUGGUUUGACUUUUUUCACCUAGCAGAGUCCGUUCCCUCCUGAAACUGUCAGAGGGAGAUUUCUUUCACAUGAUGUUGUGAUUUCAGGCUGGACAAGAAACAUCAAAACAGACAUGUACUCUGUCUGCUCCAUCCUGUAUCAUGAUGACUGACUGCAGACGCCAACACCUCCAUGCUCUGUGUGUUUGGAUUUGUACUUCCAAUUUUGUUAAGAAUUGGAGGGAACUGGACAGUCUUCUCCAUUGAACCCUCUUAUCAGUCAGAACAAGAAAGAUGUAUCAGUCAGCACAACAGUACAAUUCAAUGAAUGAAUCGGGUGUGAAGUAUCAACUCUAGUCCUUGUGGUCCUGAAGGUAGUGCCAUGACCCCACCACCCUCCUCACAAUCUUUAUUUUUACAUGACCUAAGGAUUUAGUCUGAUCAUCCACAGACAAUGUGCAAGUUUCCUGCCCCACCUCUGUCUAUAGGUCCUACCUUAAUUGUGCCCUAUCACAUCUAACAGUUUGUCUGUCUGGUGCAUUUAAGAAUGCAGUUCUCCGGCUGUGAUUGGUCACUCAGAACCCAAACACAUCCAGAUGUUGUAGACUUUGUUUGUAGAUACGGAUACAUAGAAAAGUUUGGUGGUCAUAGUAUGGAUCUAAUCACUGAGCCAUGUGAGGUAUUUAGUAACAUGUCUGGAUCACCCACAUGUUUUUCACAGUAACCUCCAAUAACUAAAUAGAGUCCCAACACAGCCUGAUUUGAUAUGCACUAAACCACAGAUACCCCUUUUCCACCAAAUUAGGUCUGGUCAUCAUCAUUCUUGGAACCUUGGUACUAUCUAGCAAACCAGCCCAUGUUUCCACCAGUUUUAAGUGGAACCAUUGUAAUCAGGGAUGUGUCAUCAACAGAGGGUGUUGCACAAUGCACAGCAGAAGUAAACAGUAGAAGCAAAAUCAAUGUUUAUGUUGAUUAUUUGCAAACUUUUGUUCCGUUAGGACAGAUAUUUGUUUUUACCCUGAGAAGAGGUAUGGACCAACUAUUGAUGAGACCACUGCACGCUCUUUUUUGACAGUCUCUUACUUGAUUUCUCCGAAGUUGCCUUCUCCAUCCUCUCUUUCCAGCCUUUAGAGUAUGACACACCCACUGGCUCAAGGAAAAUCUGCUAUUUUUUGGUUCCAACCAAGAAACAACUUUUCAGGUUCCGAACCAGCUUAUUUUUGGUCGAAGUGCUUUGAACAGUUCAAAAUUAGGUGCCGAAACAGAACUAGUUACAUGUUGGUGGAAAAUGGGUAAGAGGGUGACAGUCUUUAAUCAGGGCUCUCACACUGAUGUGAUAAAGAUGUGUGUACAAUGAUGCAGCACCUUGAAAAAAUGCAUAACAUCCCUCAUGUUAGAGGCUGCGCCCAUACACGCACUGUCUGUGACCCAUCUAUAAAGUCUGAGGCUUUUGUGGGUCUGUGAAGGCAGCGUAGGCAGAGCUUUCCAUAAGUUCUUUUAUUCCUUAGCAGCUGUUUGUGACUCGCGGGGGGGAUAAUUGAGUCAGAGUUGAUCAGAUCAGAUUGAUGGAGAGGAGCAGCUGCUGAAAGUGAAUGCAAACUUAUAGACCCAGCAGAAUGAACUGUGAAGUUUCAUUUUCAGUGCGGCUGACGUUCUGCUGCUCUGUCUCUGCCCUGAUUGCACUCUGCACUCCAACAGUGUGGUGCUAUAAACAACUGACUGGUACAUAUACUCCAAAAGCGCUCCUAAUGAACAUUCCAGCUCCAGUAAUAGAAAAUCUGUUUGUGGAAGCAGAUGUUUUAAUCAUGGCAGUUUGCCACAAAUAAAUGAAAGUGUGGGAAACCCUACAAAUAAUAAGUACCCAGUAGUAUCGAAAAGUCUCCAGUCAAAUGAUAGCUGCAUUGGAUUUGUUUUGUGCCGGUGGUGUGAGAAUCCCAGAUUGUCCCAACCCCCCACCAGAUCAGCAAACUCUCUGUUGCUGCUGUCUCUGGAGCUGCUCUCUUCCCAGUUCUCUUGGUCAGUUCAACAUCUGCCCAGUUAACAUGAGCUAACACAGCAGUGGCGGUUAACAUCCAACAUCAAGCCGUGAAACAGUCCCAGCAGGCUCAUAUUGACACUGAAAUGGGUUGACUCUGUUUUAAACCCAUUCAUAGCUGUUAGGUAACAUAAGCAUUGUGAUGCUAACAGUUAGCCCUGUCACUGUGUGUGUGUGCGGUGCAUGGUGUAUGUGAUGAAGUUGGCAGUUAAGCAUGCCGAGAUGCAACUAAAAUGUCUGAAAGUGUGGCUAUACUACACACCACUCCAUUCACAUCAUGGCUAUUGAAUGAAGAACUCUGUCGGUAUCAGUAUCACUUCAAGGGUUCUGGUAGAAGGAAAACUUAAGCCAGUUGCAACAAGUCUGCUUUCUCUGUCAUGCUAAACUCUGCAUGGGCUCCCCACAAUACUAAACCAUGUCAUUACUGUGUGUGUCCUACUACAGUGUGUCACCACAUGCUUGUGGAUAUAAAGAUAUUUAAUCAGUAAGUCUUUAGGCACACAGAAAUGCCUUUGACACAAAUCAUGCAUUUUAAAAGUAACACUAUAACAUACAUUGUAGAAGUGAGUGACCUCCACCACCAGCCUUACCUUAGGCCUUUGCAUGUGACUGAUCACAGCCAGGGCCACAAGCUAUGUACAGCAGCAGUUACUCUAGCUACAAUCUCAAUUCCAAAAAUGUUGGGCGUUUUGUAAAACAAAUAAAAACAGAAUGCAUUGACCUGUAAAUUCUUUUCAGCAUAUAUUAAUUUAAUGUUCAAACUAAUAAACUUAAUUGUUUUUUUGUAAAUAUGCACUUAUUCUGAAUGUGAUGCCUGCAACACGAUCCAAAAAAGUUGGGACAGGAGCUUACUACUGUGUUACAUCACAUUAACACUCAGUAAGUAUUUGGGAUGUGAGGACUCUAAUUGCUGAAGUUUUGGAAGUGAAAUUCUUUCCCAUUUUUUGUUCAUACAUGACUUCAGUGUCUCAACAGUCCAGAGUCUCUUGUCUUAUUUUGUGCUUCAUAAUGCUCUACACAUGUAUAAUAGGAGACCAGUCUGGACUGCAGGCAGGUCAGUCUAGUACCUACUUUCAUUUACUGCGAAGCCAUGCUGUUGAAACGUGUGCAGAAUUUGUCUCAUCGUCAUUAUGGAAUAAGCAGGAAUGUCCCAGAAAAAGACGUCGUCAUCUGGAUGGCAGCAUAUGUUGCUCCAAAACCUGUAUGUACCUUUCAACAUUCAUGUGCAAGUUACCCAUGAUGCCAUGGGCACUAACACACCUCCAUAUCAUCACAGAUGCUGGCUUUGAACUGGUCACAAUCUCGAAGGUCCUUUUACUCUUUAGCAUGAAGGACACAACAUCCAUGAUUUCUACAAUAUGAAAUGUGGAGUCGUCAGGCCGCAGCACACUUUUACACUUUGUGUCAGUCCAUCUCAUAUGAGCUCAGGCUCAGAGAAGUUGGCUGUGUUUCUGGAUUUCGUUGAUAUAUGGCUUUUUGCAUAGUAGAGUUCCCAUAGUGUUCCCAAGCCCAUGUAGUAAUAUCCUUUAUAUAGCCAUGUCAGUUGUUAAUACAGUGCCGCCUGAAGGGUCAGACGUCAUGGGCAUUCACUGCUGAUUUUCAGUCUUGCUUCUUAUCUGCAGAUAUUUUUUUCAGAUUCUCUGAAACUUUUGAUGAUAUUAUGGAUUGUAGAUGGUGAAAUCUCUAAAUUCCUUGCAAUAGUGCUUUGAGACAGGUUGUUCUUGAACUGUUGGACUAUUUGCCCAUGCUAUUUUUCACAAAUUGAUCUUGCGAGUGACAACUAAGCAUUUUGAUGAUGUCCCCUUCAUACCCAGUCGUGAUACUUAAAUCUGUUGCUAAUUUACCUGUUUACCUGUGAAAUGUUGGGUGUUUUUUGAGCAUUCCAUAACUUUCCCAGUCUUUUGUUGCCCUUGUCUCAACAUUUUUGGAAUGUGUUGAAGUCAUCAAAUUCAGAAUGAGUGUAUAUUUACAAAAACAAUAGUUUAUCAGUUUGAACAUUAAAUAUUUUGUCUCUGAACAUAUUCAAUUGAAUAUAGGUCAAAAAAGAUGUGCAAGUCAUUGUAUUCUGUUUUUAUUUACACUUUAUACAGUGUCUCAACUUUUUUGGAACCAGGGCCACACUUCACUAAACAAAACUAAUCAAUAUUUAAGAUUACCAGUGGUUCAGAUACCUCCAAGUAACAUGAAGGGUGUCGUUGUAUCCGCAAGUCUGCAGUUCCCCUCAGCUUCACAGAGCAUCUUAGCAUCUUUUACCUUGUCCUUUUAAUUCAAACUCUGCUCUCGUCAACCUCAUUUCCAGCAUCAGUUUGAGUGUAGAAGCUCUGAUAAACCUACAGUACACUACCUGUCCAGCAGCAAACAGCAGACGGACUUAUUAAAAAGAUUAGUUGGAAUACAUAGUGGGGAAUCAAGCAGCUAAAGAGCAGCCCAGUCAUCAGAAGAAAAUGUUGGUAUUGUAUGUGUCUGCAAACCACAAAUAUGUUGCAUACGUAUCUUAUCAAUGUUUCUGAAGUUACAUAGCACAUGAGCUGACUUACAAAAAGCAGCUGUUUUGUAUUGAGACAUUAAAAGUUUCUCUGACUAUAAUUGUGCCACAGACUGUGUUUUUUUAAGGCCAAACAUGAUCUUUUCCUUACCAUAACCAAGUGCUUUUUGUGCCUAAACCUAACCACACGUCAACAAUAGUGUUGUUGAAAUGUAAUGAAACAAACAAGUUGGAACGUAUGGGCAACAUAAUAUACAAAUGUAACUGUGGUUUUCAGUAACGUACAACACAAACAUUUUUCUAGAGAUUGGUGGAGACCACACCAGAGCUAAAAGAAGGGUGAAUGAUGAACUUCAAAAAUUUAUCAGUUGGACACAAACACCAUUCCAAUGGGACAAUCAUGUUGCUCUGAGUCUGCUGCAUGUUGAAUUGUGCCACUUUUUGUUAACAUAGUAACUAUAUCACCUUUAUAGGAGCUCGCAAAAAGAAUCUGUUAUUCAGCUGAAACAACACAGUGGUCUUGUUUAAUCAAUGCAGUAUCAUGACUGACCCGAAACAAUGCUGCAGGGUUGUUUUAAUUGAAUAUGAUAAAAUAGAAUUGGCUAAAAGAUUCUAUAGUAGUUCUUAACUCUACAGUACAGUUGUACUAUUUUUAUUUAGCACAAAUAGAUUUUUUUUAUGUGUCUGAUGUGCAUGUCAUGAUGGCUGUUAUUGCUUGACCCUUUUCCUUCAUUACAGAUGGACGUGUGUUAGCGAGACAUCCUGAUAUGAAUUUAACAUGGUGAAUAUCAUGUAUGAAGGUGCAGGAGGGUCUCUAGUCUUCCUCAACGUGAGCCUCUUUCAUCAGCCAAACAAACUUGAGUUUCAGAGCAGCUGGAGAACAAAAGAUUUGAGUGGAAGAUGUUCAGUGUGCAUGCUUUAUUUUUCCUUCACUAAUCUCCAUGUUGGCUGCCAGGAGCUGAGCUCCAGUCAGGCCCCUGCUGCUGUACACACACUCUGCAAGUGUCACACCUUGCUAAUGGGCAGCUUGUUGUGCAGUAGUCAGAGAGCAAUAGAGAGAAACCCACAGUUGGCUUUUGACUCAAUUGAUAGUUUUAAUUUCAAAGAAAAGAAACAGUGCUCUUAUUAAAUGACCAUGAGUACAUUUAAACCUAACUAUGUGGUCUCAAUUUAUCAAAAAUAAUGACUAGAUAUUUGGGAAUUAGAGGUUUUGUAGUACCUUAAACAGUCUGAGAAGAGACACCCUUAGACCUGUACAGUAUAAAUUACUUGCUGAUAUUAGAAUAUGACUGUGUAAUUCUGCUACUGCUAGCACUCUGUGGCAAAUGCAGAAAACUCCCAGCCUGAUCUCAUAGAAAUGAGUGAAAUGGACACCAAAUCUUAACAAGGCAUUACUUGGUGAUGGGCACGAAAUGUGUUAAAAUUAUGCACUGGCAACAAAAAACAAAACCAGUGCAAAGCCAGUGAUGAUCUUUAGCUGUGAUGGACUCAUGAGUAAAGAACAAAGAGUGAGAGACCCUGUGUAGGGUUGGCAGGAGCAGUGGUGGAUGGUUCAAACAAACAUGGACUCUCAACCAGGAGAUUGUGUGGGGGGAAAUUGAUUCAGCAUGGCAUAACAGUAUUUUGUGUGUCAAAAUGCGUGUCAAUUGCAUUGAUACAAGUAUAUUUCUAUGAAUCAUUAAUAUUGCAAAUACAAAUUAAACUUUCGGUAGCCUACAAAAAUGAUGAUUUUUUAUUUUUGUCAAUUAGAAACAUUUUACUGCAAUAACAAAGUACUUUAGGUAGGUACUUGCAUGCAUUUCUGUCACUUACAUCCCCUAUGUAUUUACUUUAACCAAAAUCACAAUCUUUUCGUAAACUUAACCAACCAUUUCUUUGUUCUUAAAGCUUAAGCAUUAUUUUCCUCCUUUAACUUAACCAAACUAUGACAGCUUUACAUUACAACUGUGACUGUUAGUGAUAGACUUUGGCACUGUUUUGUGUUGCCAAUGCAUAAUGUUUACACAUUUCAUUCUCACCACCAUGUAAUGCAUUGUUAAGACAUGAUGUCCACUUUACAUAUGUCUUUGAGACUGUGUUGAAACUUAAGCAAGCUAAGGAAGCAUAUCUUUAUUGUAUUGCCAAAGGUUUAGGUUACAGUUUAUAGCUCACACAUGCUUUGUUAAUGAUCUCAUUAUGUUUUAAAUGCUACCCAUGGAGCUAUUACUUUAACACAUUGUUUCAAAAAAACAUCCUGAUUUAAAAUGUCCGAAACUAAUAGAAAUUGACCAUUUUUUAAGGGUGCCUAUAGUUGUAAUCUCUCAGCUCAUUUCUGUCUUCUUUCUGUGUGUGAAGGGCAAGAAAAGACAAAUAUAUGUAGAGCAGUAAAACUUAUCCAAAAUAAAAGUGUUUCAGAGCUUUG